AUGAACACCGCCCUGUCCACCGUUCUGUUCGCACUUGUGUGCUGCACUGCUCUCGCCUGGUACCCCACCUACAACUACGGACAUGGUGCUGGUUACCAUGGAGUCGCUGGUCUCCACGGAAUCGGCGGUCUCCAUGGAGCCGCUGGUCUCCACGGACUCGCUGGCUAUGGUGGCCCCGUUUACGGACAUGCCGGAUAUGGCUACGGAUACCCAGGCUAUGGUUACGGAUACGGACACGGAUACGGUUACGGACACGGACACGGGCUUGGAGCUGGACUUGGUUUCGCUGGACACGGACACGGACUCGGAUUCGGGGCACAUGGACUUGGACUAGGCGCCCGUGGACUUGGAUUCGGCGCACGUGGACUUGGAUUUGGAGGACGUGGAUUUGGAUUCGGAGGACGAGGACUGGGAUACGGACAUGCUCUACCGCCCUGUCCACCGUUCUGUUCGCACUUGUGUGCUGCACUGCUCUCGCCUGGUACCCCACCUACAACUACGGACAUGGUGCUGAUUACCAUGGAGCCGCUGGUCUCCACGGAAUCGGCGAUCUCCAUGGAGCCGCUGGUCUGCACGGACUCGCUGGCUAUGGUGGCCCCGUUUACGGACAUGCUGGAUAUGGUUACGGAUACCCAGGCUAUGGUUACGGAUACGGACACGGAUACGGACACGGACACGGGCUCGGAGCUGGACUUGGUUUCGCUGGACACGGACACGGACUCGGACUCGGAUUCGGAGCACAUGGACUUGGACUAG